AUGAACCUCGACGAAGAAGUCCGCCUCUAUACCACCAACGCGGAGCGCGAGCGCACCGAGAACCUCGCGACGCUGUACAGCAUCAUCGUGUCCCUCGAGUACCUCGAGCGCGCGUACGUCCGCGACUCGGUCAGCUCAAAGGAGUAUGCGCCGGCGUGCACGCGCCUGCUGGCGCAGUACAAGAGCUUGAUGAAGCUCGUUGGGGAGGAUAUUGGCGGGGUUGAGGCGUUUAUGAAGCGGUUCAAGAUGGACCACCCCGCCGCACUGCACCGACUACAAGCCGGCGUGCCCGCCACCGUGGAGCACGCGGACGCGGGCGACGGCGCCGAGAGCGGCAAGUAUGUUGCCGAGGCGACGCAGGCCUUCAUCACGUUCAUGGACGCGCUCAAGCUCAACCUCCGCGCAAAGGACCAGCUGCAUCCCCUGCUGACAGAGGUCAUGACUGGCUACUCCAAGUUCAAGGCCAGCGCCGAGUGGGAGGGCCGCGCGAAGAUCAUCCAGUGGCUCAUCACCCUCAACACCAUGAAAGCGUCCGACGAGAUCACCGACGAGCAGAGCCGCCAGCUCCUCUUCGAUAUCGAGAACGCGUACAACGAGUUCUUCCGCUCCCUCAGCAGCAGCGGGUAG